UUUGCUUCCCUUUUAUCUCACAAGUUGUUCAAAGCCAAGAAAUGUGACAACUGAAAGCAUGGAGUUGGAGAAUACUUAUGAAAAUGCUAAAGAACUUGUUGAAUGCCGAAGUGGAAGAGCGGGUGACAACGGAGAAUCUUUGAAGCCAGAGUGCCGUGUCCAGCCAAUGGAGCUGGCCCAAAGAAACCUCUCUCUCAGAGUGAUCUAUGUCCUCCUGGGUGUCAGCAUCUUGCUGUCCGUUGUGGCUAUCAUCACUGCAGUUAUGCUGACUAUAAAAAACUCCGAGCAGACCCUGGGCUCCAUCGCCAAAAUUCAGGACGAGAUUUCACAGCUGACUAAGACUAUAAAAAAUUCCAAGCAGACCCUGAUCUCCAUCCCCAAAAUUCAGGACGAGAUAUCCCAGCUGAGUAAGAGAAACCAUGAAAUGACACUUAGCACCUUCGCUAAACUUCAGGACGAGAUUUCACAGCUGAAUAAGAGUUCGAGUGUCCAGGCUAUCUCUGAUCGAGUCCUCAGGAUUCUUAAGUGGAAAGGUGAACAGCCAGAAAUCGUGGUCCAGUUUGAUGCAAGUGCCAUAGCUAUAAAAAGCUCCGAGCAGACCCUGAGCUCCAUCGACAAAAUUCAGGACGAGAUUUCGCAGCUGAGUAAGAAUACAACAACGUUAAUCGCUGGUCUGAAGAAUGAGCUUUUUCAGUGUAAGAGUAAUGUUGUAGUGAACUUCACGAAGACCGGCCGUUCCAUCACCGAACUUGAGGACGAUAUUUUGCAGAGGAGUAACAUUCUGCUACGAUGUCCCAAAGAAUGGACUCGGUUCAGGGAAAGCUGUUACAGUUUUUCCUCAAGUACAAAAACCUGGGAUGAUGCCCAGAGACAUUGUGAAUUGUUAGAUGCCCAUCUUGUUGUCAUUAACAAUGCCGAAGAACAGGAAUUUUUAAUAAACACCCUUCAAAGUCGUUACUGGAUUGGCCUCAGUGAUGCUGCGUCUGAAGGUGAUUGGCGCUGGGUGGACGGAACGGAUUAUUCUUCCUCUUCAUCAAACUGGAGCAAAGGGGAACCAAAUGAUGAAAAGAAUGCCGAGGACUGUGUGGAGACAUUUGAUAAUGGAAAAUGGAAUGAUUUGCCAUGUGUUACCAGCCAGAGCUGGAUCUGUGAGAGAGCUGCAUUGAUUGCCUCCACCAUAUAGCAGUUGGUACCAAGAGAGCAAUAACCCAGCUUGUCAAUAUUGAAUAUGCUAUAUAGAUGAUAUGUCGUAUAAGCACAGAUUUAGUCUAUCCAAAGGGUGCUCAUAUUAAAAAAAGUAAUCCAGUCACUCAUUCGUGUCCUUAACUCUAGAGAGUCUAUUCAAAACUCCAUAUUUGUCAAUUUUUUCACUCCAGCUGUAAUGAAAUUAGAUCAUGACUACAAGCAAAGUAUCAAAGUAUUCAUCGCCUUUCAAAAACCACUUGGAAACUGUCUACGCAGGGGUGUCAAACUCAUUUUAGGUCACGGGCCGAAUUGGGCAAAAUGCAGCUUCAUGCGGGCCGGAUCAGUCGGGCGCAUGCGAACGCAGCUUUCAUUGCCUCCGUUUUUUCAGCCUGUUCUCGUGUGUCUCAGUCUCUGCUAUAACUACAAAGUGUUUCACUUCACAAAUUCCGUUUCUUAUGAAGAAGACUGCUGAGCAAGCAUUAUUUUUAAGAUUGGUAUUAAUUGACAAUCAUAGGCUUCAUAUUGCCGGGCAAUUAAUAAUUAAAAUAAUAGAUCUAUCUAAAAUGAUCUCGCGGGCCAGAUAUAAUUGUACUCCGGGCCGGAUAUGGCCUGAGGGCCUUGAGUUCGACACCUGUAGACUCUCUAAGCUUUAAAUUAUCUAGUAACUGGAGCUGCUCCAGCUUCCUCAUUGAACCCUUUGAGCUGGAAAAUGUGCUUUACAGAAAAGUGGGUACGUUUACACUGGAAUGAAAUAUGCAUCCCUGUUUAAUUUAGUGGGAAACUGGCAAAUAUGCAUAACAAAAGAAGACUGACAGAAUGCAUUUGGGACAAGGGACAAAGCAGAUAAAUUUGCAGUCAAGUAGAAAGAUUUUUUUAUUAUCAGUGACAUACGAAGUGAUCUUUUUUACCGUUUUGAGCCAGGUCAGUCCAAGACAUAAAAGUCUUAAGUUCCGCAAUUAAAUUCUGCAAUAAAAGAAUAACGACGAAAAGAAUAAAAGAAUAAAGAAUAAUGUUCAGGUUAAAAGUCUCAAAUAUUCAAAGGUCCAUUUAUUAUCCAAGCAUUUAUAUAUAUACAACUCUGAAAUUUGUCAGGUUUUUAUAACCGUUCAGCUGUCAGAUGGCAGAGGGUAAGAACCUGUUACUACAUUGCUAGCUAUAGGUCUUCAGCCUCCUGUAGUGCUCUUAAUAAUAGUAACUAGAAGCUGACAUGUCCUGGAUGUGAAGGCCCUCAGUAAUGAAUGUGACCUUCUUGAGCAACAGCCUCUUGAAGAUGUCCUCGAUAGUGGAAAUGGUUAAACCCUGAUACAGCUGGGUAAAUUUGUAUUCCUCCUCAUCUUCUUGAAAUUCCCGUUUAUGGAUGGCCCCAUACCAUUCACAUUACUCGCUGCCUUACAUCUAGACGAAUUAUUAAUUCCUUGGCCAUAGAACAAAUCUGCUCAAACUUUGCAUGUUUUGGAGGAAGGAUGUCCGUAUAUCCCAAAUCACAGUAAGACUAGUUAAACAGUGGUUAAAAUAAUCAGACUGGUUGUGUUUAUCUAUUUUUCAAGAAUAACAAGAAAUGCAAGGUAUACUGGAAAUUGCAAUAUGUACUUGGCUCCCCGUUUCAGCGUUGCUUGCAAUUCUAAUCCCGGGCAUAAAAGUUCUGAUUGGAUUGGAGAGGUUUAGGGGAAGUAAGCAAGGAGAUUGUCAGGACUCGAAAUGUAGCUAUGUGGACUAUUUGGAAAAAAUGAGGAUUGGCUUGGAACAGAAUUGGCUGAUUGGAUGCGUAACUGAGUAAAUUAGGAAAUAUAUCGAAGCUGUUAUUAGAUAGGUACAAUUUCCCUUUGCAGAAAGACGAAGAAUUUGGUGAUAUGUUUCAAAUGGAAAUCACUUCCUUUUUAACCAAAUAUGCUGUGGAAUUUUUUUGUCUGAAACGGUACAUGAUGCAGAAACCUUUACAGCAUUUGAACAAUGGAAGGCGUGUACAUGAGGAACCGUGGCAUUUAAGAAUAGAUAUCUAGCGUUAAUACCUUGCAUUAAACUGGGCUAUAUUUUAUUUCAACUAACAGUAACAAUUUGGACUGGAUGCUAGACCAAUGCAUUUUCGCUGGUCCUUCCUGCUCCAGGACAUUUCUGUCGACCAUGCACUUUUGAUUUCCGAUGCAUUGAGAAUCCCAAACCUCCAGUGCUAUUUUGGAAACCUGCUCUUUUUUCUUUAACGUUUAGGAUAGUUCUUAGCCAGUUUUUAAUCCCGUAGACGAUAGGUAGAAAGUAGACUGAAAUUAGGGUGUAUGACUCCGUGUGCCGGAGCGUCCAGCUUAUCUCGACUUAUUUUUCCCUCCGCCAUUCGCAGUUUUUUUUUUCUGUCGGCAACUAAUGACACAAAUCUGUAAAUGUAACCUUCAAAUAAAGCAUAUGGUACAGAUUCUCA